UUCUGACACUUUGUCGCCCGGAAUAAUUGUACAUUUUUCGAAAGUCCUGUGCGUGAAUAUUUUCUCUUUCCAAUAUUUCUUGACAAAAGCAAGUGUAAAAUUAAUAGGAAAUAUUAAAAGUUGGCAGAAAAAGAGUGUCAAAAUUGUGAAAAAGAUUUCAAAUUAAAAAGAUGUCUCAAGAAAGAAUUGUAACGCCAGAUAUUCUACUUGAAUUUUUGGAAGCUGCCUUCCACCAAAUUCUCUACUUUCGAAAACUAUAUCCGCAUUCAAUUUUCACGAAGAAAAAACUGUACGGAAUCGGAAUUUACGUUUCUGAACAUCCGGAACUGAACGAAUAUAUUACAAAUGUAUUAAAUUGUUUAAAAGAAUUAUUGAAGGAUGACGAAUCGAGUGUGAAAUCAGUACAAAUGACUUUUUUCAAUAAACUAAAAACUCCGAUUGAAAAAUUCGUCUUUGAUAUAAUGGAUCUGAUAACUUCUAAUAAAGAAAGGGAUCCAUAUUAUAUAAAAACGGAAGAGGCUCUCAGAACAAUUUGUCUGAAAUUGUCGACAGUGGAAUCAUAUUUGAAACCUUUACCAAAGGAUUCGACCUUUAAAAUAACGUUUUUAACUUUUGAAUCUUCUCACAUUGGUUUGAGCGAAAAUCCCAAUUAUACAAAUUUUCCUUGGAUUGUGGAAGACGAACCGAUCGAUUUGAAAAAUAAGGAACUAUUGCCCAUAAAAACUGUCAAAACUGAAUGUCUAAGUAUGCAAAUGUAUGCGAUGGAGGACAAAAUAUCAAAAUUGGAAACCGAAGCAUCGACUAGCAAAUCGGAAGAGAAAAAAUAAAAUAAUUCGGAAAUUGAAGAGCACAAAAUAAAAGUUUGUAAAAACAGAAAGUUCGUGAUUGUAAAUAAAAGUAUAAUAAAAAA